AUGGACAUGAACCGUCAAGAAAAUAUUCAAUACCAGGAAACAUCAACGGAAAAUAACGAAAAUGAAUGUAAUGGGAAGAAAGAACCAACCUUCUGUGAACCAUGCAAGUAUGAUGAUUCGUUUGAAGCAGCAACGGGAUAUUGUGUGACAUGUGCAGAGUAUCUGUGCCACUCCUGUUGUCGGGAUCACAAAAGAAACAAAGUUACAAGAGAACACUCGCUGUUAAAGAAUGAUGAAAUUCCUGCUGACAUAACACCGUUUAAGACCAUUAGGCAACUAUCAACAUGCGAAUAUCAUCCUGAUAUUGACAUCGCAUACGAAUGCGAAGACCAUGAAGCCUUAGUUUGCGUUUUCUGUCUCACGGAGAGCCAUCGGAAAUGUGGAAAUGUCCAUGAUCUAGGAGUUGAUGAUUCUGCUGUUUCGGAUGUUGAUGUGAUGGGAGCACUUCAAGAAAGAAUACAGGCGUUACAACUACAAAAGGAAGAGCAACGGAAGACAAUCGAAAUAGAGCAACAAGAGGUGAAAACAAACAUUCAAAGUCUGGUAACCAAAUGGAAGGACCAUAUAACCGGUUUGGGAAAUGACCUUGAAACACAGUUAAACGAAGUGUCGCUCUCCAAGACAAAGCAAUUGAUAAAAGAUAUUGGCGGCUGUCAAAAAGUCGAGACUGAAAUAACAAUAAACAAGACGUUAAUAGAAACACUUAUGAAAUACGGAACUAAGCGACACAUAUCUGUUGUACUGAGACGUACAAGCCGUGCACGCUUUGAUCUUAAAGAGAAACUUAAAACACUGGAAUGUCAACAUCAACAGAAUAUUGCGCUCGUGAACGUAAAACAAUUAGAAGCACUAACAACGAUGGCUGAAUUAUCUUUAAACGAGCAGGACAAAGAUAACAACGACAUCUUGGAAAACACAAGCGAUGAAGUACAUGUCACUUUAGAUUCGGAAAAUAAAACAACGGAGAAAAUUGAUCGAUCCAUACAGACUAUACUACCUGUCUUGAUCAAUGAGCCCAAACAAAGGUCAUCCAAGCUGUUCGCAGAAAGAAAAAGCGGACAAAAAAUAACUUUAUUCAAAGUCAAAACAGAAACAGAUGUGAGCAUGUGUGGUAUUUUUGCCAUUAACUUAGCGGAGUACGGAGUCCUCGUUGCUGAUUAUGGCAACAGAAAACUUAAGCUUUUCAGUCGUAAAUUUGACUUUAUUUGUGAAAACUCGCUGCCAGGACCGCCUGUCGAUAUAUGCUGCGAUGGAGAGUAUGCUUAUGUCUGCUAUUCAAACCUAAAGAAAGUGACGAAAUAUCGCAUAAACACGACAUCCAUUUGGCGUUGUAAUGAAAUUUCCACUAGCUACCAACCAUUAAGUCUCACUGUAUUCGACUCUCGACUUAUGAUUUUGUUUGCGAAUACUGAAAAUUUUGACAGCACGGCAGAUGACGACGUACAUAUUGAAAUUCGAACCGGAAGUGCUAUAGAUUGUGCGAUAUUUAAAUCCGAUUACGAAGGUUUAGAAGAUGUGAAAGACGCAAAGCGAGUUUUUCACUUCGAUGCGUCGUCCAUAGUACUCUCUGAAAACACGAGGGUGUCCUGCUAUGAUGUUGACACUCAAGCCAAAAAACUAACAUGUCGAAAAUGGUUCUACAAAUCGUAUCACCAAAACGUUCUUAAAAAAGCAAAAGGGGUCGCGAAAGACAGUGAAGGGAAUAUCUACAUAUGUGGUGAAGAUUCCAACAACGUUCAUCAGGUGUCGUCUACUUAUUACAGAUGUAACCGUGUGAUUGUUCAGAACAUCAAUAGCCCCGUGUGUGUCGCAGUGGACGACCAGAAAGAUAGACUCAUCAUCGGAUGUCGCGAUGAUAAUUAUCUGCAUGUAUACUCCUUCAAAUAG